AGUUCUUCCAGUUCUUCCAGUUCUUCCAGUUCUUCCAGUUCUUCCAGUUCUUCCAGUUCUUCCAGUUCUUCCAGUUCUUCCAGUUCUUCCAGUUCUUCCAGUUCUUCCAGUUCUUCCAGUUCUUCCAGUUCUUCCAGUUCUUCCAGUUCUUCCAGUUCUUCCAGUUCUUCCAGUUCUUCCAGUUCUUCCAGUUCUUCCAGUUCUUCCAGUUCUUCCAGUUCUUCCAGUUCUUCCAGUUCUUCCAGUUCUUCCAGUUCUUCCAGUUCUUCCAGUUCUUCCAGUUCUUCCAGUUCUUCCAGUUCUUCCAGUUCUUCCAGUUCUUCCAGUUCUUCCAGUUCUUCCAGUUCUUCCAGUUCUUCCAGUUCUUCCAGUUCUUCCAGUUCUUCCAGUUCUUCCAGUUCUUCCAGUUCUUCCAGUUCUUCCAGUUCUUCCAGUUCUCCCAGUUCUUCCAGUUCUUCCAGUUUUUCCAGUUCUUCCAGUUCUUCCAGUUCUUCCAGGUCUUCCAGGUCUUCCAGGUCUUCCAGUUCUUCCAGUUCUUCCAGUUCUUCCAGUUCUUCCAGUUCUUCCAGUUCUUCCAGUUCUUCCAGUUCUUCCAGUUCUUCCAGUUCUUCCAGUUCUUCCAGUUCUUCCAGUUCUUCCAGUUCUUCCAGUUCUUCCAGUUCUUCCAGUUCUUCCAGUUCUUCCAGUUCUUCCAGUUCUUCCAGUUCUUCCAGUUCUUCCAGUUCUUCCAGUUCUUCCAGUUCUUCCAGUUCUUCCAGUUCUUCCAGUUCUUCCAGUUCUUCCAGUUCUUCCAGUUCUUCCAGUUCUUCCAGUUCUUCCAGUUCUUCCAGUUCUUCCAGUUCUUCCAGUUCUUCCAGUUCUUCCAGUUCUUCCAGUUCUUCCAGUUCUUCCAGUUCUUCCAGUUCUUCCAGUUCUUCCAGUUCUUCCAGUUCUUCCAGUUCUUCCAGUUCUUCCAGUUCUUCCAGUUCUUCCAGUUCUUCCAGUUCUUCCAGUUCUUCCAGUUCUUCCAGUUCUUCCAGUUCUUCCAGUUCUUCCAGCAUCAGUCGACCGACCGACCGACACACAACAAGCAAUCACAACAGUCAGCCCACAUUCGAACAUUGCGGAGGGCCGGGCAGGCGUCGGUACCGUCGUCCCCCACAUGAAACGGAAGCGCGAGAAACUGCCUGCGUGAUGUCGGGCCGCACCCACCACUAA